CUCUGGAGUCUAAAGGGUUAACGCUGAGUAGGACCAAGACAGAGUACUUGGAGUGUAAGUUCAGUGAAGCAACUCAGGAGGCUGACUUGGAAGUAAGGCUUGGUACCCAGGCCAUCCAGAAGAAAAGUAGUUUCAAGUACCUUGGGUCUAUUGUGCAAGGCAGCGGGGAGAUUGACGAUGAUGUCACACAUCGUAUUAGGGCAGGGUGGAUGAAAUGGAGGCUUGCUUCCGGAGUGCUAUGUGACAAAAAGGUGCCACCAAAACUUAAGGGCAAGUUCUACAAAGUGGUGGUUAGACCGACUAUGCCGUAUGGGGCGGAGUGUUGGCCAGUUAAGAUCUCUCACGUUCAAAAGAUGAAAGUUGCCGAGAUGAGAAUGUUGAGAUGGAUGUGUGGCCACACCAGGAGUGACAGGAUUAGGAAUGAGGAUAUUCGGGAUAAGGUGGGGGUGGCCUCGGUGGAAGAUAAGAUGCGAGAAGCGAGAUUGAGAUGGUUUGGGCAUGUGAAGAGAAGAGAUACAGAUGCCCCAGUGCGGAGGUGUGAGAGGUUGGCCAUGGAUGGUUUCAGACGAGGUAGGGGUAGGCCGAAGAAGUAUUGGGGAGAGGUAAUUAGACACGACAUGGCGCAAUUACAGCUUACCGAGGACAUGACCUUAGAUAGGAGGGUUUGGAGGACCCAAAUUAGGGUAGAAGGCUAG